AUGUCCGCCGCCCUCCGUGGCACUUUCUUAGCUGUCCGGCUGCCCCUACGACUGGCCUCAAUUGGCAACCCAAACUAUUCAAUUUCUCGAAGAUGCGGCCCAAUUCUAGCUCACACUACUCAAAUAUCAACUUCCAUCGUCCGACUUCAAAGCAAUUCCGCCCAACCUCUAGAUAAGGUUUCAUCUAUGGACUGGACUUCAAACUCCGCUACAUCUGUAGAAUCUCCUGUUCCAACAAUACCACCUUCCUACCACUCCAAAUUACCCCCAAGACUUGGUUCUACUGCUGGCAGGAGCAUCGCUGUUCGAGGGGGUGAUGUCGCUGGAGCAUUUAUGCAGCUUAGACGGAUAUGCGCCGAAAAUUCUAUCAUCAGGGAUGCAAACGCGCAGAGGUUUUAUGAACGACCUGGAGUGAAAAAGAAGAGACUGAGGAGAGAACGGUUCCGUCGACGGUUCAAGGAAAGCUUCAAACGAAUGGUUAGUACCGUUCUCGAGAUGAAGCGCCAAGGUAUAUAA